ACUAGACAUAUCCAUUCAAUCAUUAUAACUCCUCGAUUGAUCAUCAAACAAUAUCCUAUAUCCAGUCGUAAAUCAAAGUAAAGAGUAAAUCACCGCGAGCUUACGUGAGCCAUGGAAAACCUAGACUCCACUGUCGAUAGCACCGAGAACAGCAAGUUCUCGGCCCUGUAUGGCGGAUUGAUCAAGGAGAUCGCUGCAACCUCGAAAAUGUCCACCUUGGACAUCACCUGUUUGCUUUGCGUUUACUACAAGUUCGUCAGGUUCAACGGACCUGCAGCCAAGCAGAUGAAGAAGAAUCAGUUCUACCAGAUCUACUUGGUGCUCUUCAACGUGGCCAAUGUUCAGGUGAUUGAACGCUCCCUUCUGGCCAUCACCAAGGAUACCAAGUACGUGAGUCCCCGUGCCUGGGUGGAUCUCUUUGAGCUGUAUACCACAGAGGAUCUGGAGCGCCGUAUGAAGUUUGCCUUCGAAGUUUAUGACACCAAGAACACCGGAGUUAUCGAUCGCGAGCAGGUGGGCGUGGCAUGCGAGAAAUUCUUCCACGAAGGCGACGACGAGGAUGAACUAAUUGAGCUCAGAGCUGACAUGACUGAAUUUAUUAUGAAGAAGUUUGAUGUGGACAAGGAUGGAGUCAUUUCGUUUGAGGACUACUCCUCGGUUGUUUCCCAACAGCCCGUUUUGGUUGAGUUCUUGGGCUGGCUAUUUCCAUCGAACGAAGAAAGGGAUCUCAUGGCCCAUGUUAUCAACAUGGACUCCAUGCUCAAUUAUUGUAACCCAGACGCAAAAUAGGCUUGUCAUUUGAUUAAGCUUGAUCACAAUGAAUGAGGACCAAAUGGAUGCCGCAAAAGUAGUUGCUCAAAAUUUUUGUAUGAUUACAAAUUCAUAAUUUUUAUAAGCAUGAUAUAUCAAAUUUCCACCAACACAUUGAAAAUAAAGCAAAUGUUUCGCGUGA